UCGUCGCGCGAAUUCACGCUGAAUGCGUUGAAUGAAGUUCCAACGUGUCGUGCAAUCUCGGCAAAUCGCGUAGCAAAGCGACCCGUAUGCAUGUAAAUCUGUGAUCGCGCGAUGAUAACUGGAUUACAUGUUCUCGAAUCAACGACGUCAGACGCGCGCGGUAAAGACGACGAUUGCGUCGUAUAUCUCACGUGAACGAUAAUAUAUUUCACGCUUUUUCUCGAAGAUAUAGAUAGUGAAUAACGCGGCGAAUAUUUUAUUAGUCGCAAAACUUUCUCAAAUUCAAGGUCCAUUUGAAACUUGAACCGUCAUGCUUGCGCUAACUAAUACCGCACCGUCGCGUUAUCUGCCGCAAUAUUAAUUUUUAGCGCGAUAUGUUAAUUUCAUACGACAGUAAGGUCCCUUGAUUAACAAUUUCUCGCGAAGCUUGCUCGCGAAGCUUACUCGCGAAGCUUACUCACGAAGCUUACUACACGCUACCGUAUGAAGUGAUUUCGUAUCGGAAAACGAACAUUAAUGGAUUACACGGAAUUAUUUUCCUUCGCCUGUGUUAUUCGGUAACUUAUUAUUCGCGUUUUUCACCGAGACGUUGAUGAAUCUUUGUAACUACGACUGCACAGGUAUAUAAACGCGGUCAUGGCGAACCAUUAGAGCAUAGUCACGGCCGCGUGUGACCGGUGUACCGACAGACGCACGCCAAAUGUGCCGAUUCUUAACCCGUGCAGAUACCAUCGCGUCACACCGAUCUCUUCCACCGACGAUAAUCGUCCAAAGCAAUUGGACUUCCUCUUGAUUUCGUCGCAUACAUCGCGAUGUACUUCCUACAAUCAAAACAGGAAACGUUCCUCACUACGUUUUAACAGAACCUGCAAAUUUGCAAAUCGAUUUAGUCGCGCGCGUCAAGUGGCUCUCGCACAACUGGACUUGAUUAGAUUCGCAGUCGGUGAUGUAUAAAAUGUAUGUCUAUGAAAAUCUUGAUACGUCGAAUGUCAUGCAAAUGUCGAAUGACCGAAGAAGAUAUAAAACAUAUUGUCUUAGCAAAUAAGAUAAACUGCAUGUUUAAACAGAUGUGUUUGUUAUCUCUUAUGUAAUGUUCGAUUUUUAUGCUACGUGUAGCUUUCUACAUGGCGUUUGAUUUUGUUUCGUAAUGUAUGUCAGUGUGGCAUGUCGAUAUGCGUGACGUUACGUCAUGAUUACCGGUAAUCAAGGUCGUUGAGAGUGAGUUCGGAACCCGACAAACAAAUCCUUUUCGUGAAACGGAACAGAGAUGAGCCGAAUGAAUUAAUUUCUCGUCGAGAUGAUUUCGCGCGAAUAUGAAUUUCAAUAUCUCGUCUUUAAUGUCUUAUUUUUCUUUGUGUACUUCGUGCAGUGUGAGGAAAAGAUUCAUCGUAGUGGGAAUGAGCGCGGCUACGCUUCUGGGCAUUCUUAUGGCGAUCGUGAUCGUCCUUGUCACGCGAACCACAGGAUACGAAUGUGGCCCGAAAUUCAUCAGUCCUUCGAAGCUAGGCCUCUACAAAAAGGGCGCUGUGACGACAAAUGGUCAGGAAUGUGCGGCAAUCGGCGCUGAUAUCUUAGCUAAAAAUGGUUCAGCAGUGGAUGCGACAAUAGCAGCACUCCUGUGCGAAGGCAUCGCGUCCUUGCAUAGUAUGGGUUUAGGUGGUGGAUUUCUCAUGACUAUAUGGGACGCGAAGAACAAGAAGGCGGACUUUUUAGACGCGAGAGAGAUUGCACCGUUGGCUGCGACGGAGGACAUGUUCGACAGCAAUGCCGAGCUUUCUAUGUAUGGUGGUUUAUCGAUCGCGGUGCCAGGUGAGGUCAUGGGAUAUUGGGAGGCGCACCAAAAGUAUGGAAGAUUAAACUGGGCCGAUUUGUUCGAGUCUGCGAUUGCAUUGUGCGAAAAGGGAUCUAUUGUGAACGAUUAUCUCGCCGCGUAUUUACUCGAAAAGGCGCCUAUGAUAAAAAAGGAGAGCACUUUAGCAGAAAUACUCAUCAACCCUGUCACCAACGAACCGUGGGUCGCAGGAGACAGGAUAAAACGACCGAAACUGGCAAAGACGCUGAGACUAUUAGCUAUAAACGGCCCUAACAUAUUUUAUAACGGCGUUAUCGCUGACGAGUUGGUCAAGGAAAUCGCGAGAUUUAAAGGAAUAAUUACGAAACGGGAUUUCGAGACGUACAAAGCCGUAUGGAGGAAGCCGAUCACGAUAAAAAUAGGAAAUCUGACGAUUCACAGCGCCCCGCCGCCAGGUUCGGGUGCCGUUUUAACUUUCAUAUUGAAUGUUCUUCACCGGUUGAUACCGGUAAGUAACGAGCACAUAAUGUGGCAGCGUAUAGUAGAGACUUUUAAGUGGGCUUACGCAAGAAGAACCGAGCUGGGAGAUCCUGAAUUCGUCGAUAACAUAGACGAGGUGAUCGCCAAUUUAACGUCAAACGAUUACGCGGAUAUGAUACGGGAUAAGAUAAGCGACUACUCCACGAGCCAAUAUCCAGAGGAUUACGGUGCCAUUACCGAAGGAUUCGAGGACGGGGGGACUGCUCAUAUCUCCGUCCUUGCUCCCGACGGUUCCGCUGUUUCCGUUACGUCAACUAUUAAUCAAGUGCUGGGCGCGAUGAUACGCUCGAAUUCCACCGGUAUAAUAUUUAACGACGAGAUGGACGACUUCAGUUCGCCCAAUAUAACCAACGGCUUCGGACUCCCGCCGUCGCCGGCGAACUUCAUCCAACCCCGCAAACGACCAUUGAGCUCCAUGUGCCCAUCCAUAGUGCUCGACGCGAACAACGACGUGAGAUUAGUGAUAGGUGCGGCUGGGGGAACAAAAAUCACAAGUGGCGUCGCAAUUGGAAUGAUUCUGAACCUUUUCAACGGCUACAACAUAAAAGAGGCGAUUGACGCGCACCGGCUUCAUCAUCAACUGCUGCCAAUGAACGUGCAGAAUGAGCGCGAUUUCUGCAAAGCUACGCUGUGUUACUUGAGAAAAAUUGGACAUAACGUCACCACUUUCAGUGGAAUUGGCAGCGCUAUUACAGGCAUAGCUAAAGAAAAAGGAUACAUAACCGCAAAUUCGGACUAUCGUCGGCAAGGAAGAUCGGCGGGAUUCUAGAAAUCACGUCCCCCACGUUUUACGCGGACGUCCUUGUAAUGCUGAGAAUUCCUCUGUACUACCGCAGUUCUCCGGGGAACUGUUGCUAAUGAUUUUGAGCCUACGUCUGUUCUCUACGGCAUGGAAUCUUUAUCGCCAUGUGUCCCAUUUCAAGAAAGAGAAAGAGAGAGAGAGAGAGAGAGAGAGAGAGAAAGAGUGUAGAUCCAUGCAUAAAGUGCGCUUCUCGAAAUUACAAAGUCGUCCCCAUAGGAUGCGAUAUUAGACAAUUUUUAUAUGUAAAUAUCGAAGUUAAUUUUCAAUUUUAUGAUUAUUUUAAGAUAAAGUUUAUGUACAUUUUUCUUUAUACAUCAAAGCGAAUUCGAGUCAAAUCGUUUGAGUCUGAAUGUUACAACGUAUGUCACAUCGAUUUCACAUCGACACGAAAAAUGCAACAAAAAUUAUUUAUCUCUCUGAAUUAUCAUUAGGUCGUACUACGUUACGAUGAUAUCGACGAACGUAGGAACACUGUAACAGUUUCCGUCUGUAUUUUCCGUUCGGCUGUAAAUACUUAACGCAGUUAAGCGACCGCACGUGUGUGUACUCGUAUUAUUAACAUUCACGGAUCAUCGCAUUUGUACAUAUUUCGUUAUCACGUUUAAUUAAAAUGAUGGAGAUAUGGAUGGUAUGAGGAUAAUUCAUAUCUACGAUCAAGUACAAAUUAAUACUUACCAUUUCUGGAUUCUUCUCGCGAAUAACACUUUCCUAGAGUAGAACAGAACAAAAUCGUACAUACCAAUAGUCAGUAAUGUAGGAUCCUACGCUGGAUGACGCAGAAUAUACGAACACUUGGUUGUCCGUAUAACAAAGUAAAUGAAGUAUUGCGUGUAACCGCACGAAAUAAUAUCAUAUAAUAUUGUCAUGUGUGAUAUAUAUUUUCUUGUAAUAAAAGAUAAAACCGCUUAUGG